AUGUCCGCGCCCAGCCGUUUCCAUGCACCGAACCGCCUAAAAAACACAUUGUUUGUCCGGCCAUUGAUGGGGCCUUUGAUGGGGCCGUUGAUGGGGCCUUUGACGCCCAUAGUCGCCCUGACCAUCAGCACAUCCCUGGCUUCGAGAUUGGACGAUGAGACCGACGUCGCCCUGUUGCAACUGAGCGUAUCGAUGGGUGAAAGCCGUGAGAUGCGAGCCUUCGUAGAGUCCGUCGGCGCCGGCCAUAUGCCUUCCAUUGAUUUCAGGGCAGGACUGGUUGCUGCGAGCAUGAGUUUCUCAGCAAUAGUUAUAUUUUUCCUCGCGUUUUGGUUAUCGCGCGCAAGAAUUCAGAGGAGCGGGUCAACAUCGGCCGGCUCUGCCUCGCCAGUCUCGACAGCUUCCGAAUGCCAAGUCCUCCCUGACUUUGUCGAUCUUUGGGCAGCAGAGACGCCAGAAAAGAUGGCCUUCAUUUUCUGCGAUGGCAAGGGGCAAGAGGUGGACAGCCGCAGUUAUCGCAUGCUGAAGCAGAAGAGCCGGGGUGUUGCAGAAGCGAUCCAGGACUGGGGGGCAGCCACCGGUGACCGCGUUUUGCUGGUUUAUGAGUCAGGGCUGGACUUUGUUGAUGCAUUCCUUGGAUGUUUGGAGACAGGCGUUGUGGCGGUUCCGGUCUAUCCACCAGUGCCUGGCCAAGUUGGCGAAGUCGAGCGUUUCGCCAACAUUCAAAGGGACUGCGGAGCCAAGCUUGCCCUCACCAGCUCGAUGUAUUACUGGUCCAGCUCUACCAUGAUUCGGGAGGCUUGGCCUGACGUCACAUGGAAGGUGACCAGCAAUCUGCGUAGCUUGGACUGCACCUCUCGAAGGCAGUUGGAUCCGUCGAGCCUGGCAUUUCUUCAGUAUACAUCGGGUUCGACUGGGCACCCCAAAGGCGUCAUGAUCACACACGCGAACUUGGUUGCGAACUGCCGGCUUCCCAACGACCACGUUCCGGAGGCUUCUCCUGACUUCCCCCGCUUCAGCUCUGAGUCCGUGCACGUGCUGUGGCUGCCUCAGUACCACGAUUUGGGCCUCGUUGGUGGCAUUUUGACCUCUAUCGUGUGGAACUCCUUGGAUGUCAGAUUCUCCCCCGUGGACUUCAUCAGGGAUCCACUGCUGUGGCCGCAUCUGAUGAGCCGCUACCGUUGCACGGUGACGGCUGGCCCGCAUUUUGCCUACGAGCUCGUGGCGAGACGAUUGGAAGCGGCAAAGGAGCCGCCAAAGAUUGAUCUUUCAAGCUUGGCUGCUGCUUUUGAUUGCGCUGAGCCCGUGAACGUGGGCACAAGAGAUGCGAUGCUCCAAACCUGGAAGAGCUUCGGUUUACGUGAUGCAGCCUGGAAUGCAGCGUAUGGUCUGGCAGAGCAUGUUGUGAAAGUAUCUCGUGGUGGUAGCGAGGGCCCGGAUGGCAGGGGCAUUGUCAACGGCGUCCAAGACUGCGGUGUGCCGGCGGAAGACAUUUGUGUCAAGAUUGUGAAUCCGGAGACUCGCAAAGAGAGUUUUGAAGGUGAAGAAGGCGAAGUUUGGCUGGACUCGCCAUCAAAGGCUGCUGGAUACUGGGGCAAGGCAAAGCUCUCAGAGGAAGUCUUCCGUGCCAAGAUUCCGGGGUGCGAGAGAAGUUUUCUUCGCACAGGCGACCUAGGGUUUAUGAGGAAGGGGAGACUUUUCAUUUCUUGCCGGAUCAAGAACUUGAUCAUCGUGGCUGGCAAGAACUUCUUUCCGCAGGACAUCGAGCAAACAGCGCAAGAGGCAGGGCGGCCCCACGUGCGACCAGGGCAGGUGGUGGCGACCAGCAAUGCCAAAGUGACUAAGGACGAGCAGCUGCUCGUCGCGGUUGAGGUGCGGGACAGGUCCGAGUAUCCAUCGGACUUGGCACAUCAGCUCCGCAAGAGCAUUGAGUCGGCUCACGGCUUGCCAGUCUGGGGUCUCGUGCUUCUGGCGCCCCGGUCAUUGCCCAAGACAACCUCAGGCAAGCUCAUGCACGUUCAGGUGGGGAAGUCCUGGGAAGCUUCGCGUUUCCCGGGCGAGCUCGAGAAGCACCUGUGGGGCCUGAGAAAGGCACCAGAUAUCCAAUGGGCGAAGACGCGAGUGGAACGGGUGCAGCAGCUGCAGGAUUGGGUGCAGUUUGACUUGGGCGCAACCCCGGACAGCGAGCUAUCAGAGCUUGGUCUCAGCUCUCUGGGCUUGGCGCAAUUUCACGGGCGCCUGCUGGACACCUUGCGCCAGGACGCUGGGGAGCUUGGCGGGCUUGCCGACGAUGCUACAUGGAGCGAAGAUUUGCAAUGCUACAUGCGCCGCAGUGUGGGCGAAACAUCUUUGGGACUCUCGCAUCUUUGUACGAUGGGGACACUGCGUGCAAUUGUGGUGGCUGCAGAGGCGGCUAAGUUCCCAGGUGACCCGAAAAUCGCAUCAGCUGGACCAAAGCCACAAGGUAGCAAUCGCCGACAGUUUGUGGCCAGUCUGCCGCUUCUUGAGGAGCAGGCGGUGCCUGCAUGGGCAGUUUGGAUUUGGAAGACAGUUGGCGUGCUGAUGCCUGUGGUUCUGGUGGCUAUUCCCAUGUUCCUGAUCAUUGCUUGCUUGGAGAAGCUGCACAGUACCAUGGGCCAUAAGGCAGUUCUUGCUUGCGCGCCCUUUCUGGUGGCAGCUUUGAUGGCCUGGUUGCUCAUCGAGAUCGCCCUGCUUCGCUUAGCACUCUUUCCGCAAAGGGUGGAACCCGGCCGCUACAUGCUGAACCGCUCAAUGCAUUUGCGAUUUUGGAUGCUGGACGUUUCUCUUACCUUCCUUCGCCGAUUUGGGGGCAUAUACCACGGAACCCCAGUGCACAACUGUCUUUUGAGAGCCUUGGGGGCUAACAUUGGCUAUGGCGCCAUGCUGUCGUUUGAGCCCAGGGCUUCACUUCAACUCUUGCAGGUUGGAAGCGGAUGCACGGUGAAGGGUCAUGUCCAAUGCCAUAUCUUUAUGGAUGGCGAGCUUGUUCUUGCGCCAGUGGAGCUUGCGGAGGGUGUGCAGGUGAAGACUGCAUGUGCCCUGGAGCCAGGCGUGUUCAUGGGCAGAGGCGCUAGUCUGCGACCUAUGUCUGUGCUUCCGCUGGGUUGGAGUGUGCCCGCUGGGCUUGUGUGCGGUGGAGUUCCGGCAGUUGCGUUGGACAAGGCCGAGAGCACGUGGGAGGAGAGCCAGGCAUGCGUUGACUGGCUGAAGCUGACAUACGUGCUUCUGAUGCAUCCAUAUGUGUUUGUGGCACUUUUGUACCUUGCCCUCCUCGUAUGGAUCGCUGUUUGGAGAGCGCUGGGUGCGGGACUUGGUGUCCAGGGCCUCUUCGCCUUGAUGCUGGGUGUGGUCCCAGCAUUUUGGUUCGCCGGCUCUGUGGCUUUGGGCCUGUUCGUUCUGUUCAGGUGGGUGCUGGUGGGCAAGAUUCGGCCAGGACAGAUGCCAGCGAUGCAGUACAGCAACUUCCGGUGGCUCAAUUUUAUGCUUUCCAGCUCAUUCCCUAUUUGGAUACAGUCGUUACCUGCGUGGGUGGUGCGGAUAGCCGCGUUCUGCAACGGUUCUUCCAUAGCCAUGGACACGGAACUUCGCGGCGAGUUUGCAGAGAAGACCCUUCAAGCAGGAACUCUGGUCUCCAUGGGCAGCAGCUUUUUCGGGGGCUUCACAGACUUUCAAUUCGAAGGUCCAGGUCAGGAGUUCUUUGCGAUGCACUUCAAAGAUGGCGCCUACGUCGGGGCGGGAGGAUAUGUGGACUAUGGCUGUUCCUUGGGUGAAGAGGCUGCCGUUGGCGCCAUGAGCUAUGUGGAUCAGUCGCAGUUACAAGCGCGGAAGACCUAUGUUGGGAAUCCCGGCGUGCCAGUCAGUUCUGGCGGCACGUUUCGACCAGAGGAAGCGAUUCUCCGACUGCUCAACUGGGCUGGUCAGGAGGUUUUGUUGAAGACCCUGGUGCGGGCCAUCGCCUUGCAGCCUAUGGCCUUUGUCUUUGUGCUUCUGUUGUGGGCAAAUUUGACACAAUCCAGCGCGAACACUGGCGCGGGGAUCGCGCUGGAAUGGCCUUUGUUCGUACUUCGCGUUUGCGUUUUGGGUUUCGCCAGUGCCCUGCUGGCGGCAGUCCUGUGCAUCUGCUGGUGCUGGAUAGCCAUCGGGUGCCUCAGAGUGCUUUCAACUGAUUGGCCGCAGCUGGUGAUGAAGCCUGGCACGGCGCAGUUCAACAUUUGGUAUUUCCAGCAGGAGACGAUGCUGCUCUUUCGCAUGUGGCUCGUUUAUCUUGCAGACUCUCCCUGGUAUGUCCUGUUUCUGCGCUUGCUGGGGGCAGAAGUGGACAGUUCUGUGCAUUUGGACUUAUCUGUUUGGUGCUACGAGCCGUGGCUUUUACGCCUGAGCGGUCAGCUCGCAGGUGUCAUUGUCCCCCACUCAGUGAACGUGGACGGCACUGUGACCCUGCGGCCGAUAGAGAUUGGCAAAGGAGCCACGUUGCUUCACCAGGCCAUGGUCCACGGUGGCACGCGCAUCCCACCCCGAUGCAUUUUGGGUUCUUUUAGCAGGCCAUUGCAAGGCCAAGCCUUGCAGUCAGCCGAGUAUAAUGGCACGCCAGUACAGGCUGCGUAA